AUGGACAAAUCCAAAAUGAGUGAGAGCACCAAGGUUGAUCUGUGCCGCAAGUACUUCAUCAUAGGACUGUUCUGUCUUCCACUAGUUUGGCUGACGAAUUUUAUUUGGUUCUUUGGAGAAGCAUUUCGUCGUCCGGUUACUUCAACUAAUCGUGCCAUCCGCAAAUAUGUGCUUUUAAGCGCUGUUGGGGUGAUAUUUUGGUUCAUUGUUAUAUUCAGUUGGGAGUUCGUGUUCCAGUCCUAUCGACGUCAAGGUUUGGUAUGGGCUGACUAUCUCACCUUCAUAUUCCCUGUCGGUAGAGUUUGA